AUGAAGCGACCUUGCGAGGAAACUACCUCAGACAGCGACAUGGACGAGACUAUAGACGUGGGGAGUGAGAACAACUACUCGGGGCAAAGUAAUAGUUCUGUCAUUCGAUCAAAUUCCCCAACAACGACAUCUCAGAUUAUGGCCAGAAAGAAAAGGAGAGGGAUUAUAGAGAAAAGGCGCCGUGAUCGUAUAAAUAACAGUUUAUCAGAGCUGAGGCGGCUUGUGCCAACUGCUUUUGAAAAACAAGGAUCUGCCAAAUUAGAAAAAGCGGAAAUACUGCAAAUGACAGUGGACCAUCUGAAGAUGCUGCAGGCGACGGGAGGUAAAGGUUAUUUUGACGCUCAUUCCCUGGCCAUGGAUUUCAUGAGCAUUGGCUUCCGGGAGUGCUUGACAGAAGUCGCUAGGUACCUGACUUCGGUGGAAGGUCUCGACACAUCUGACCCCCUGCGCGUUAGACUCGUGUCUCACCUGAGCACCUGUGCCUCUCAGAGGGAAGCCGCCGCCAUGACCUCCUCCAUGGCCCACCACCACCACCCCUUGCACCCUCACCACUGGGCAGCCGCCUUUCACCACCUCCCGGCCACUUUGCUGCAGCCGAACGGACUCCACGGCUCCGAUGCCGCCCCGUGCAGACUCUCCUCGGACAUGCCCCCGCACGGCUCCGCCCUGCUCACAGCCACCUUCGCCCACGCCGACGCCGCCCUCAGAGUCCCCUCCGCUGGCAGCGUCGCUCCCUGCGUCCCUCCUCUUUCUACCUCCCUCUUGUCCCUCUCGGCUACCGUUCACGCCGCAGCAGCGGCAGCCACCACCGACUCCCCCCCUUGGCCUAAAUCACCAACCGCCAGCCCUCAGCAGGCUGGCAGCGGGGGCAGUACUAAACCAUACCGACCUUGGGGGACUGAAGUUGGAGCCUUUUAAGUCCCCCCUCU